GCUUCCGUUCCCAGCAUGCCUGGUAGUGCGAGCAGCACGAGCACUCAGACCUGAAGAUGAGCUGACCUGCACUUACAUCGAGGUCCGGGCUCCACACUUCGUCCGUCGGGCCGAGCUGGAAUCUACCUGGGGCUUUGAGUGCAAUUGUGGACGCUGCCUUCUGGAAUCGAAGGUUUGGACUGCCGACCCGGAGGCCGGAAAAGCCGCUCGCUCGCUCUGGCGCCGCUUUGAGCGGCGCCGAAAGGAGGGUGCCUGCUCGGAGGAGGAGCUGAGGGAGAUCGUUGCGGAGGCAGAGAGGCUUACUGCAAGCGCGCUCAGCGGGUUUCUGCAAACUGCAACAGAGGAAGAUUUCCAGAAGGAGGCUCAGAGCUACCGGAAUGCUGUCGGCUACCCAAACUCCAGCUCACCUGGUGCCUUCACCGCUCUGCGCGACCUUCUGCUGGGCUCCUUGUGGGUGGCGCCGGCUUGGGAGUUGGCCUUUGGCUUGCAGGACGUGGAAAUAUGGAAAUUCGAGUCCAUUUUCCAGAACUUCACAUCCUGA